GGACAUGAGGAAGGACCCCCCCAAUGUUCUUCAAAUAUUAUCGGAUGUUGCCAGACAAGUUCGAUUUCCUGCACCAGCUUGUCAAAAAUGACCUCGUCAAGCAGUUCUUGUGCCGAGAACCACUUUGCCCAGAAGAGAGACUGGCCAUUACCAUCAGGUACCUCUCUUCAGGAAUGGCCAUAAAGCAAGUCGCCAUGGUUUUUCGUGUGGCACCUGCCACUUGUAGGGUGGUCAUUCAUGACACUUGCCGAGCAUUGUGGAAGCGACUAAAGCCACUUUAUCUGCCUGUGCCAGGACUCGCGCGCUGGCAGGAAGUGGCAGAAGGCUUUGCAAAGCGCUGGAAUUUUCCAAUUGCCUUGGAGCCGUCGAUGGCAAACACAUACAGAUAAAGGCACCUCCAAACUCUGGUAGCAACUACUACAACUACAAGGUAUGUAAAUGAUGCGCGAAGGUUAUUGCAGCCAGAUUUGACAAUGCUGUAUUCGCGUUUUUUUUCUAUUUUUCAGGGAACAUUCUCCAUUGUGUUGAUGGCAGUGGCGGAUGAGAGUUAUAAAUUUGUCAUGAUAGAUGUCGGGGCUCCAGGCCGACAC